AGGGAAACCUCCUUUUCAGUGGAUCAACUUUGACCCCUUAGAAUUCUUAAAAAAGUUAAAAAAAAUAAAUUACCAAGUGGAGAGCUGGGAAGAAAUGCUGAAAAAAGCAGAGGUUGGUCAUGGUUAUAUGGAUCGACCUUGUCUGAAUCCUGCUGAUCCCGAUUGUCCAAUCACAGCUCCCAACAAAAAUUCCACCAAACCUCUUGAUGUGGCUCUUGUUUUGAGUGGUGGAUGCUAUGGACUGUCAAGAAAAUACAUGCAUUGGCAGGAGGAAUUGAUUAUAGGUGGUACAGUCAAGAAUAGUUCUGGUAAGCUUGUCAGUGCCCAGGCUUUGCAAACCAUGUUUCAGUUAAUGACUCCUAAGCAAAUGUAUGAGCACUUCAAGGGGUAUGAAUAUGUUUCACAUAUCAACUGGAGUGAGGAUAAGGCAGCAGCAAUUCUGGAAGCCUGGCAGCGGAUGUAUGUUGAGGUUGUUCAUCAAAGUGUUGCAGAAAACUCUACUCAGAAGGUGCUUUCCUUUACUACAACUACCCUGGAUGACAUUCUAAAGUCAUUUUCUGAUGUCAGCGUUAUCAGAGUAGCUAGUGGCUACUUACUAAUGCUUGCCUAUGCCUGUUUAACAAUGCUGCGGUGGGACUGUGCAAAAUCUCAAGGUGCUGUGGGGCUGGCAGGAAUCUUCUUGGUUGCGCUCUCAGUGGCUGCAGGACUGGGUCUGUGCUCAUUGAUUGGAAUUUCCUUUAAUGCUGCCACAACUCAGGUUUUGCCUUUUCUUGCUCUUGGAGUUGGUGUAGAUGAUAUAUUCCUUCUGGUACAUGCAUUUAGUGAAACAGGGCAGAAUAAGAGAAUUCCAUUUGAGGACAGAACAGGUGAAUGUUUGAAGCGAACAGGAGCAAGUGUAGCCCUUACAUCUAUCAGCAAUGUUACUGCUUUUUUUAUGGCUGCCUUAAUCCCUAUUCCUGCUUUACGAGCAUUUUCACUCCAAGCAGCAGUUGUGGUAGUAUUCAACUUUGCUAUGGUUUUGCUGAUUUUUCCUGCUAUCCUGAGUAUGGACCUUUAUCGUCGGGAAGACAGGAGACUGGAUAUAUUCUGCUGUUUUACAAGUCCGUGUGCCACUAGAGUGCUUCAGAUUGAGCCUCAAGCAUAUGUGAAAAACAGGGAUAAUACUUGCUACAGUACACCCCCAUACAGCAGUCAAAGUUUUGUACAUGAAACUCAGAUUACAAUGCAGUCUACAGUGCAGUUACACACAGAAUGCAAUCCUCAUGCACAGGUGUUCUACACCACAGCAGAGCCUUGCUCAGCAAUAUCUGUGCAGCCAGUGACAGUGACACAAGAUAAUAUCAGCUGCCAGAGCCCAGAAAGCACAAACUCAACAAGAGAUUUGCUUUCCCAAUUCUCAGACUCAAGUAUGCAUUGCCUCAAGCCACCCUGUGCUAAAUGGACACUCUCAUCUUUUUCAGAAAAGCAUUAUGCUCCAUUCCUGCUAAAACCAAAAGCUAAGAUUGUGGUUAUUUUUCUUUUUCUGGGUUUACUUGGGCUCAGCCUUUAUGGAACUACCCAGGCUAGAGAUGGACUGAAUCUCACAGAUAUUGUACCACGAGAAACCCAGGAUUAUGAUUUUAUUGCAGCACAGUUCAAGUAUUUCUCAUUUUACAAUAUUUAUAUAGUAACACAGAAAGCAGACUAUCCUAGUCCCCAUGUCCAGCAUUUACUUUAUGAACUUCACAAAAGUUUCAGUAAUGUGACAUACAUUUUGUUGGAAGAGGAUAAGCAGCUUCCCAAAAUGUGGUUGCACUACUUUCGAGACUGGCUGCAAGGUAAGAGAGAAUUGCAUGAACUUUUCUUUUUAAUUAUACAGUAG